UCCGUCCCGCCUCCCCGGGACAGAUGGGAAAUGGAGUUGUCUGCGUUCUCUGUGCGCGGAGGGACUACAACUCCCGUCAGGCUCCGCGCGCGCCGUGCGUCGCUGCCGGCCCCGCCCCCCUGCAGGAGGGCACGGACCGGGAGUGGCGCGAACGCGUGAGGGGGACGGGACCGCCCGGCCCGCGGGGACCGCCCUGGUGAACUUCCAUCCGUGGAAAACCGCGCCGCGCUCGUCCUGGACAGCACAGGUGCAGAGUGACAGACACUGACAGCACCUGCGCUGUGCCAGAAAAGCGCCCAGGUGAAAGCUCCCGCACAGGUUCCUGCGGGAUGCCACAGGCAACGCUGCUGGACCUGCCCAGGCAAAAGUUGGCGGGAUGCGUGAAAAGUCCCAAUUUUGCUAAUUGGGCACACUUUGACUUGGUUAUUAUCAUUUAAGAAACGAUCCAGUUAAGCCAGAUUCAGCAGCACUUGUCAAAUACUGAGGCCCUUGGCUGGUGUGAUUAUUAGAAGUUAUUAAAAGAAACCCAAGCUCGACAAACCUGAAAUUAUUGCUUGAAGGGACUCCCUGACACAGAGAAGCUCAAAGUUGCCAUGUCCACUGUUGGAUUCCAUAAUAUCUCUGGGCCAGAUCUCCUGCUUUAUGAAUGUGGCCCUAGGAAGUAAAACUCCGGGAACUGCCUGGACUAAGGAAUUAAAGCUGCUUGCCAUGUGGUCAGAUCAUCCACAAAGGUAGUAUGAUCUGGAAAGGAAAAGAUUGGUCCACGUCCUGAACUUAUAACUCUUUGUUUCACCAGGCCAUCCUAACAUUAUUCAGACCAGUCAAGGUUACCUUAGACCUAUGGAAACAGGGACGAUGGAAGUUGUCUGAAGCUGCAGAGUGAGUCCGUGGCAAACCCAGGAACUGAACUGCUCAUAUCUUCUUACUGCUAUGUCUCCUGCCUCUGGGUUUUUUUAUCUUUGGACUAGGACAAAAAGUAAGCAUUGCAUAUUAUAAGAAAACAUGAUUACUGCAGCCCAUCACCACAAAGUUUUAGAGACAAGAACAAUUACUAUGAACUCCUGUUUGGAGAUCUUCUUUUCUAUGGUUUGUAAUCUUCAGCACCUGUCCAAGAAAUGCCUUCUAUAAAUAACCAUUUUCUGUUUCAGACAAGAUUGGUGCAGCUGCUCAGUUUUUCUACAAUUGUGAAUUGCCAAAAAAAGGAACAGUAAUUCCUUGGGGACCUCAGAGUUAAAUCCCUUCUAUGUAACGUGAUACUAUGAAGUGGGGCUGUGAUGGAAGUCCAUUAUUGCUAGCUGCUCUUAGAGUUGCUCAAACUGAGAACUGAGAAGUCCUUUGUGGAUGAUCCUCGCUCUUUUACAAUUUCUGUGGCUUUGUAGUUCCAUAAUUACUGCCCCUGAUGGCACCCUGCCCCAAAAAUGAAUACUUUGAUCAUUUGCUGCUCUCUUGUACACCUUGUCAUCUCCGAUGUUCCAGUUCGCCACCGCCUUCGUGUGAGAACUACUGUGAGCAGAGAUUAACUUCAUGCAUCUCUUUUAUUUCGUAAGGUACCGAUUCAAGUGGAAUUCUUUGGAUUUGUUUGGGCUUAGGAGUAAUUUUAAUGCUCACUCUGUUCACCUUAAUGGUCUUGUUUAAAAGGAAGCGCCUAAAGCAGUCAAAAGAAAAACUGGAAAACACAGACUCCUCUGUGGAGCUGAAUAAUAUUCUCAAGGCUAAUACUGACAGCAGUGUGAAUACAGAAGAAAUUAGACACACACUUCAAAGUGAAACAUUAAUGUAUUCAGUGGAAGAAUGCACUUGCAGUGACUGUGGCUUGGUAAAACCUCAGACUGGCUGUGAAACUUCAUUUCCAUUACCAGCUACUGAAGAACGAGCAACUGUUCUAGUUACCACAAAAUCUUUUGAUUAUUGCAACUAUGUUCUGGGUGUUGGAUGACUAUGAGAGUAGAAUAUUUUUACUGUGUAAUAAUAAAUGAGUUAUUCCAGUAUGGUGAUUAAUCUUAAUACUUGCAGUCAGUGGAGGAGGUAGUACAUUGUCCUUAUAGAUCUUCCAUUGAGCUUUCAUUAAUAUUGUCAUAUUAUUUCUAAUGCUAGUAUUUCUCUAGUCAAGUAUUUCUACAUUAUUCUUGGGUACUAAACUAGUUAUUGGAUUUUUUAAUUUCUGGAAGUCCUUACAAAGGACAGCUUUUGCUGCUCUUAAAGAUUGUAUCUACUUACACCAAAUAUAUACAAACCCAUCAAUAAACAAGUGUUUUAUGUGCUUUAUGUUAAACUCA